CUCAGCGGCUCUCGGGCAGCCGGAACCGCACGCGGCGGCGGCGGCGGCUGCAGCGGCGGCGGCAAGGGAGCCGGGAGCGGAGGGAUGUGGGGCUUUGGGGGAGGCAGGCUCUUCGGCUUCUUUUCCGCUCCCGUCCUGGUGGCCGUGGUCUGUUGCGCCCAGAGUGUGAACGAUCCGGGGAACAUGUCCUUCGUGAAAGAAACAGUGGAUAAAUUGUUGAAAGGCUACGACAUUCGCCUCAGACCGGAUUUUGGAGGCCCCCCUGUGAAUGUCGGGAUGAACAUAGAUAUUGCCAGUAUCGACAUGGUCUCUGAAGUCAACAUGGAUUACACACUAACAAUGUAUUUUCAACAAUACUGGCGAGAUAAAAGACUAGCCUAUGCUGGGAUUCCUCUCAAUCUUACACUCGAUAACAGAGUAGCAGAUCAACUAUGGGUGCCUGAUACUUACUUUCUGAAUGACAAGAAAUCGUUUGUGCACGGUGUUACUGUUAAGAAUCGAAUGAUUCGCCUUCAUCCAGAUGGCACAGUAUUAUAUAGCCUCAGAAUCACAACUACUGCAGCUUGCAUGAUGGACUUGAGGAGAUACCCAUUAGAUGAACAAAAUUGUACGCUGGAAAUAGAAAGCUAUGGAUACACAACUGAUGACAUAGAAUUUUAUUGGAGAGGUGGAGAUAAUGCAGUUUCUGGAGUAGAAAGAAUUGAGCUUCCGCAAUUUUCUAUUGUGGAAUAUAAACUUGUGUCCAAAAAUGUUGUCUUUGCCACAGGUGCCUAUCCAAGACUAUCAUUGAGUUUUAAGUUGAAGAGGAAUAUUGGAUACUUUAUUCUUCAGACCUACAUGCCCUCAGUAUUGAUUACCAUUUUAUCAUGGGUAUCCUUCUGGAUAAAUUAUGAUGCAUCAGCAGCAAGAGUGGCUCUUGGUAUUACAACUGUGCUUACUAUGACAACUAUCAACACUCAUCUCAGAGAGACUUUACCUAAGAUUCCAUAUGUCAAAGCCAUUGAUAUGUAUCUUAUGGGCUGCUUUGUAUUUGUCUUCUUGGCCUUACUUGAAUAUGCCUUUGUCAACUAUAUCUUCUUUGGAAAGGGCCCUCAAAGGCAGAAGAAACUUGCUGAAAAGACAGCCAAGGCAAACAAUGAUCGUUCUAAGUUUGAAAGCAACCGGGUGGACAUGCAUGGUAACAUAUUGUUAACAUCCCUUGAAAUUCACAAUGAAGUUGCAAGCAAUGAAGUCACAACAAGUGUCACUGAUCCGCAGAAUUCAGCAGUAUCCUUUGAUAACUCAGGAAUCCAGUACAGAAAGCAGAGUUCCCACCGAGAAACUCUUGGGAGACGUACAUUAGACAGAACUGGCGCUCAUACUAAGAAGAGUCAUUUGCGGAGAAGAUCUUCUCAACUAAAAAUAAAAAUUCCUGAUCUAACAGAUGUGAAUGCAAUUGACAGAUGGUCAAGGAUGGUGUUUCCUUUCACAUUUUCUCUUUUCAACUUAAUCUACUGGCUAUACUAUAUCAACUAA